AUGGCUCCAGGUAAGAAAGUUGCUCCAGCUCCAUUUGCUUCCAAAUCUGCAAAGAACACCAAGGCUAAAAACCCUUUGCUUAACGCAACCCCAAAGAACUUUGGUAUUGGUCAAGCUAUCCAACCAAAGAGAAACUUGUCCAGAUACGUCAAAUGGCCAGAAUAUGUCAGAUUACAAAGACAAAAGAAGGUCUUGGCUAUGAGAUUGAAGGUUCCACCUGCUAUUGCUCAAUUCCAAUACACUUUGGACAAGAACACUGCUUCUGAAACUUUGAAAUUGUUCAACAAGUACAGACCAGAAACUCCAGCUGAAAAGAAGGAAAGAUUGACCAAGGAAGCUGCUGCCAUUGCUGAAGGUAAAACCAGAAUGGAAGCUUCUCCAAAGCCAUACGUUGUCAAGUACGGUUUGAACCACGUUGUUUCCUUGAUUGAAAACAAAAAGACCAAGUUGGUUUUGAUUGCUAACGACGUCGACCCAAUUGAAUUGGUUGUUUUCUUACCAGCUUUAUGUAAGAAGAUGGGUGUUCCAUACGCCAUCGUCAAGGGUAAGGCUAGAUUGGGUACUUUGGUUAACCAAAAGACCUCUGCCGUUGCUGCUUUGACUGAAGUCAGACCAGAAGACGAAGCUGCUUUAGCUAAGCUUGUUUCCACCAUCAACGCCAACUUCACCGACAAAUACGAUGAAGUUAAGAAGCACUGGGGUGGUGGUAUCAUGGGUGCUAAGGCCCAAGCUAAGUUGGCUAAGAAGGCUAAGGCUGCUGAAUCCGCUUAA